AUGGUGUCUAACAAGGCAUUAAAAGUGAAAUGCGGAACUCAUUGGCAGGCCAUCGAAUUGUUUUUGUGGUCCGCAGGAACUUAUCUUUUAUUCAAUGGUACAGUGAAGGAGAACAUAUCGUUGGGUCGAGAAGGAGUUGAUGACGAGAAAGUCAAAGAAGCUGCCGAUAUGGCAAAUGUUACUGAGUUUGUGAAAAAUCUGGACGAGGGUUUCGACACCUACUUGGGUGCCGGUGGCGUGACUCUGUCCGGUGGUCAGAAGCAGCGAAUCGCGAUUGCUAGAGCCAUUGCUACUGAUCCACGAAUUCUUCUCUUGGACGAAGCAACCAGUGCUCUUGAUGCAAACAGUGAAAAAAUUGUACAGAUGACUCUGAAAGAAGCAGCGAAAGGACGAACUACUAUAAUUAUUGCUCACCGUUUGAGCACGAUUCGGGAGGUGAAAAGAAUAUAUGUCAUGGAGAAGGGAAAAGUCGUUGAGACAGGCUCUCACGACGAGUUGAUGGAGAAAGGCGGAUUAUAUACAAGGCUAGCUGCAGCUCAGCAGUUCCAAGAUAGGCAGUCAGAUCAGUUGGAAAGGGCACCACCUAGGAAGCAGUCUUUGUGA